UUUUGUCAGAAAUUUGUCAUUGUCAUCAUUGUCAUUCUCUCUAUUGUCAUUUUACAGAAAAUUUUACUCGUACGCCAAGUCAAUUCUACCUCAAAUUUUUUGUGAUCUGCAUAGUAUUCGCAUAUUCUUCUUCUCAAACUACUUGUGCCGACUGUUCUCAUCGAAUCCUCGUGGAAAGUCCUAAUCAUUCCUGAUCACCGUACUUGUUCCGACUUCCACCAUGUUCAGUUUCAAUAUGUUUCCUGACAUACCACGUGUUUUCAACACGCACUACAAAUGCUAUUCUGUCUCCAUGUUACCGGGUAAUGAAAGAGAGGAUGUUGAAAAAGGAGGAAAAAUUAUCAUGCCACCAUCAGCACUGGAUCAUCUAACAAGACUGAAUGUAUUCUAUCCCAUGCUGUUCAAACUCACCAACCGGAAAAUGAAUCGUAUAACACACUGUGGAGUCUUAGAAUUUGUUGCCGAUGAAGGCAAAGUUUACCUCCCAUAUUGGAUGAUGCGGAAUCUACUCCUGGAAGAAGGUUCAACAGUCCAAAUUGAAAGUGUGAUACUGCCUGUUGCUACUUUCUCUCGAUUCCAGCCACAGUCUACAGACUUUUUGGACAUCUCAAAUCCAAAAGCUGUGCUUGAGAAUUGCCUGCGGAACUUCGCAUGCCUCACAACAGGAGAUAUCAUUGGCCUCAAUUACAACAACAAAGUCUACGAACUUUGUGUGCUUGAGACCAAGCCAGGAACAGCAGUUACUAUCAUUGAAUGUGAUAUGAAUGUUGACUUUGCACCGCCAGUAGGUUAUCAAGAACCACAAAUGAAGUCGCGGGAUGAAGAUAAAAUGGCAGUAGAUCCUCAGGAAUUCAUACCAGAGCCAACAGGGUUUGUUGCAUUUAAGGGUGAAGGAAACAGACUCGAUGGAAAGGAAAAGAGGCGAGCGGCAUCGGGCUCUGACUCUGGACCAGUCGCCAGGCAGCAUUAUGAGCGUGGCAUCCCAGACUAUGAUUAUCAAAUCGGAACUCUACAAUUCUUCCGGCAUCUCAAACCAGGCAAAGAAAAUAAAGAACCGGAGAAUGAAUUUAAGGCAUUCUCAGGAGAGGGCUCAAGUCUGCGAAAGGCAAAAAACAACUGAGCCAUUCCCCGUCUAUGAGCUUCGUCACAUACCCCAGGAAUGUGCCAACUCCAAGAGUGAAUUUGACUUGUGAUUCCUUGUAAAUAAUCUUGACUUGCUGCCAAGCAAGUUUCAAUUAAGUUUCCAAGGAAACUCGUAUCCUAGGGUGUGCUUUAUUUUUCCAAAAAAAAGUGAUUUCAAGUCAAAAAUAGGCUCAAUGUGUACGUAACUACUCUACUUGGUCAAAGCUUAGCUGAGCAGCUGCUUAGUGCUACAAUUUUUCAUUUUUUUUCUCUCUAAGGAAAGUUUCUUUCCUAGCCCAAAUGGAUCCAAA